GGUAGGCGACAAAAUGUGCUGCCAGCGCUCAGGCUGAACAGUCCUCUGUAAUCACAGUUCUGAAUUCUCAUGCUCCAGCUGUCUUUUUCUCUUUUUUUAAGUUUUUUUUUUUUUUUUUGAUGCUGGUGCAAGCUGCGGAUGACGGCCCCGACUACGUGGCAACUUCGGAGGCUGUCAUUGAGCUAUGCUACACGUUGGGUUGCGGCAUCAUUCCACGAGCGACACCGAGAUGGUGGAUCAAACGCAGGACGUGGGGGACAUGGGAAGAACCUUCGACAAUGCGAUGAUGCCACGGAUGACUACUUCAACGAGAAGCAGCACAGCGCCGAGGAGCAGCAGAGGGGCCACCAGAAGGAGCACAGCGACGAGGAGCUGCAGAGGGAGCCUGCGGUACAGGUCGGCCAUGAACUGCACGGUGGAGAGGGCAGCAAUGAGCACACGAUGGCGGAGAAGGCAAGAGUUUUAUCGGACGUGCAGCAUGUGACGACAUGCAUGGGAAUACGACGCUUGUGAAGAAACCUCUUCUGUGGAUGGACUGAAGUUGCAGCCGGGAAAAAAAAAUAAAUUCCGACGGUUGAU